AUGGCUCCCAUUUUCACUAGCUACCCAGGCGUUGGAGAAACCAAUCAGAAGAAGUUUUGGUACAGCCAAGCAGUCCGCAUUGGAGACCGGAUUGAAUGUGCCGGCCAAGGUGGCUGGAAUCCCGAGACCGGCGAAUUCUACAAGGAAAUCAACGCUCAAAUCGAUCAAGCAUUCGAUAAUUGUGAGCUCAAUCUCCGUCAUGCUGGCGGUCAAGGCUGGUCUCAAGUGGUGCGGGUCAAUUCUUACCAUGUCCCUAUCAACAAUGAAGCCUUGGAUGCAAUGGUCCGCAACUUCAAGAAGUGGAUGCCGAACCGUCAACCUAUCUGGACUUGUGUUGGAGUGCCGAGGUUGGGUGAGGAUGAUAUGCGAGUCGAGAUUGAAGUUGUGGCCGUGGACGAGGACGGAAAGCCAAUCGCUACUCAGAAGUAG